AUGGAGGCCGCCGAAGGGGAGAGCACCAAGUCUCCCGAGGGAGGGGAGAAGCGCCCCAAACGGAAGAUGAAGACCGCGUACCAAUUGGAGCUCUUGGAGAAGACCUAUGCAGGUCCGGGGAACUGUUUUUAUCUCUCUCGGUUUGUCGAUCUUUUUUGGCGACGUGUUCUGCGGAUUUUGGUCUGUUCCCGGAUCCUGAUUGAUUUUCUGUGGUCGAUGUGGAUGAUCUGUUUCCCGAUGGCCAGUUUCGACGUAUCCCUCCGAGUCGCUGCGGGCAGAGCUGUCCGUGAAGCUCGGGCUCUCGGAUCGGCAGCUGCAGAUGUGGUUCUGCCACCGGCGACUGAAGGACCGGAAGGCAAAUGAGAUGGCGGUGACAGCGUCAGGGUUGAGUCCACUUGCAGAGCCACGGAAGGCGGUGGCGAGAAUGGCGUCUCCAGCUCUGGCGAGGAUAGAGGCAGAUAUGCACAGUGUUAAAAGGUACUAUGACGCCAUGCAUCCGCCGUUGCCACCGCCGCAGACCAUGCUAGAGGUGCAGGCUGUUUCAUUUGUGGAGUCCCAGCUUGGGGAGAGGAUAAGGGAGGAUGGGCCGAUCCUUGGUAUGGAAUUUGAUCCAUUGCCUCCGGGGGCAUUUGGUGCACCUAUAGGUAUGAUAAUCUUGGAAUUGCUCUUUUGAUUUUUCUUUUUAAAUAAAAAAAGAGUCUUAUGGAAGGCAUUUUCAAUGUGUUCUCUGUGGUGUUGUGUCUUUUAUGGGAAUAUUUUUCAUGAUUUUAUCUUCAUGAUUCGUAUAUUUUGUAGCUCAAAUGCUACAUGCCCUCGCUACCAUGAUCAUGUGGAUCGAGCUAAACUGCCAACCCAUUUUCUUUGGUUGGGUUUUAGUGCUUUACAACAGUCAUCUUGUGUAGUGAAAUGGCAUUGGAUACGCUCUUUGUAAACCUUCCAUAUUUUCUAGAUUGAUUGAGGAAAUUUUUCGUGCUUUGCUCUACCUAAUUUCUGAUCGUUAGAGGCUGACAGGCUGAAAAUUGAUCUUAUGAUGUGUCAUUGAUCUUCUUUUCAAGGGCGAACGGUUUGUGAGAACAAAGAAUGUUGUGAAACUGUCCAGUUACUAUCGCUAUUUAGAAGUGAUUACAAAGUUUCUUGCCAAGUCAACCAGAUGAUAAUACCUAUGAUAUAUUUCCUGACUGCCACGUUCUUCUAGUUUUGCUCAAUGUGUGUGCAUUUAAGUCUUAUUGGUUAUUUUGCUAUUAUUACUUUUUCCGGUUAGUUGCUAACCAUAUGUAUCACCAUUUUCCUAAGGUUGCUAUUUUGAUUUGGACCAGAUGGAUGCUUCCCUUUGAAUGUGCGAUUUCUACUUUUCUAGGUUAUUGACUGUUAUAAGUAUAUAGAUGGUUCACCUUUGCAGUGGCAAAUGCUCGAUCCUUGUAUUUUGGAUGAAGAAUAAUGUCCAUUUUCCAUUGACGUCCUUGAUGAGUGUUAUAUGUUUUUCUGUACGGUGUGAUGCCUAUGGUCGUGGUGCCUAAUAUAUGAAUCCAUGCACCUGACGUUUAGAUUUUAUAUUCUCAUUUAUCUCAUUGCUAAUUAUUAUAUGUUUUACACUGGAAAAUUUAAUGUAUUUGGCAAACUUGAGCCGUCUGUUCGCCUCACGAUUGAACGGAGAUGUGAUAUUAUGGUACCAGGUCUUGGUUCUUGCUAGCUAGGCUAAUAGUUUUUUCAAAGAAAAUGAUCUGUUGAAUAUGUUUGACUUUAUGAAUGAGUAUUGUUAUUAAAAAGUCCUAUUUUUGUUGAGAACCUUUAUCUGUUACUUGGAACCGUUUUCCUAGUGUGCUUUUAUUUUUUGAAAAUGAACUUUUUUAUUGGCCCAGUAAGUCGUAGGUAUAAUUAAAAUAUUACAUUUAGCCAAUAUUUGUUUUAGCAGAUUCUUGUGUUCAUCACAGCUGGAAAGAGUCCAUCAAUGUGACUGGCUUAGAGUCGAUCAAGAUUGUGACUAGCCUAUCCUUGAAAAUUUGCUUGUAGCUUUAUUAGUCUUCUGUUCUUCUAUUUAAUUUAUCCAAUGUGAGGUUGUUUGUCUGAGUUCUCUCUGUGCAAAGUUUGAUAUCUUGACAUUUACGGACAGUUUCAUCACUACAAAUUUCUGUUGUUUCUUGUGGCAGAAACGACAACAGGCCAACAAAAGCAGCUGGUGCGGCCUUAUGAUGGGAAACUAUUUGAAAGACAUGACUCUAAGUCCAUUAAGGUUAGUAUUUUAACCACGAGGAAAAUGAAUUUCUUUCGUGAUAUUUUUCGUAUCCUUAUAAAUUAUGCUGUUUUUUUUCCUGUUUUAUCUUAUAAGUCGGUUUUCAGGUGACAAAAGCAAUUGUUACAUCUGCCUUUUGCCAUUUCAUCUGUGACACUAUUUUUGAUUGCAGACUGCGUCAUUUUUGCCCAAUGUGGAACACUGCUUCAUACCAAGUUCAUCUAGUCAUUCUGGUGGUAAGCGAAAGACAGCAUGUAGCGGCUCUCUUGUAGUUCAUUCUCAAGGAGCUGGACCCAGAGCGCUUCAAGAAUAUCAAUUUCUUCCUGAGCAGCCUACUGCCCGAGCAGAGGCAUAUGAAAAGAUUCCAUCUUCUCAUUUUUAUGACUCACCAGUUGAUAAUAUCAGUAGUAGGGUUUCACCACUAUCAACACCCGGACCAUACCUUCAUGGAAAUGAGCAUGCUACCCCAAACUAUGCUUUUCAAGGUCAAACUUCAAGCGCUGGAUUUCUGCCUCAACAAGGAAGGCAGCAUGCUUAUAACUCGGGUUCAGAGUAUGACGUUGUGGCUUCUUUUACAAAAACUAGCAGUGAUUCUGUGUUUGGCUCUCUUCAUAAUGUUAGAAUUGAGAGCCUAUAUUUGUCAUCUGAUAGGAGGAUUAUCCAAGAAGAGGAUGCCACGCGGAUCGACAGGAAGCGUAAGGUGGCUCUCUUUCUCUUUUUCUCUUGCUGUAUUUAUUUAUUUACAUCUUAUGUCAAAAGCUGUUCCAUGUAAAAUAAAGCGUUCGAUGGAGCCUGAUGUGCUACACACAGGGUGAAGAAGCGAGAAUAGCAAAGGAAGUUGAAGCUCAUGAGAAACGAAUCCGACGAGAGCUUGAGAAACAAGACGUUCUUAGGCGGAAGGUGCCUUUGUAGCCAUUUGCUUAGUUCAUUUUUUUGUUCGUUGAAUUCUAAUUUAGUGCUCUGCUCUGUAUAAAGAGGGAGGAACAAAUGCGAAAGGAAAUGGAAAGGCAUGACCGUGAAAGAAGGAAGGAAGAGGAACGACUGAUGCGUGAAAAACAACGUGAGGAAGAGAGAUUUCAACGUGAGCAAAAACGUGAGAAUGAAAGAAGAGAGAAAUUCCUUCAGAAGGAAAAUCGACGAGUAUGCCUCCUUAUUUCCCUGUUUACUGCCUGUACCGUUGGAAGAACAGUUGUACAUCUUAUGUGAACGGUAUGGAUGCUUUAUGAAAUUAUUUCAGGCUGAGAAAGUUAGGCGGAAAGAAGAAUUGCGCAGAGAGAAGGAGGCGGCAAGAAUUAAAGCUGCUCAUGAGAGAGCUACUGCCCGUAGAAUUGCUAGAGAAUAUAUGGAACUUAUAGAAGAUGAACGUUUAGAGCUUAUGGAAUUGGCUGCGUCAAAUAAAGGGCUAUCCUCAAUUAUACUCCUCGACGGUGAUACCUUGGAGAACAUGGAUACAUUCAGGGGUACAUAGUUUCAGAUUCACUUCUAGUGUUUUUUUUUAACUACCCCUCCUUUUUUUGUUUGGAUUUUAAGAGGCCUCUAAAAUAUUGAGUAAUGUAUGUUUUAUUCAUUAGCUAAAGAAUCUCUGGAUCUCUUCUCGCUUUUUGAGACUAUGGGGGACAACCCAAUGGAAGAUUUACUGCUUCACAUAAGAGAAACCUAAGGAAAUUUUGCUGUCAUUCAAAUUAUUUUUUUCUUUUCUGUUGGUUGAUUUAUCCAGUAGUCUAAGCUGUUGCAAAUCCAAAAGGAAUUAUCGAACUCAAUCCAUUAUCCGCAAUGUCACUGGUUUCUCUUUGGUUGUCAGUGUCAUAAAAUUGUUCGUUCACAUCCAAUUCUUCAUGUUCAUUCUAUACUGCCUAUUUAUCAUUUUAUAAUUCUUAUAUACUGAUACAUUCCUUAAGAGCUGGUAGUUUCGGAUCCAUGAGGGCAACAAUCUUUGUUGCGAUGAGAGCCUUGGUGCUCUCGGAGCACACCUUGGCUAGGAAAGGAUUGGAGUUUAGUUUGUCUUGUUUUGUCAAAACCGUGUAGUAUUUACGGUCUUUAAGUAGUUUGAAUUUUUAAAUGAUAUGAUAUUUGAGGAUUCCUUGUCUAAUUUAUGCCAUUACUCUAAUUUGAACUCCAUACACUGGCUUCUUCUAUGCUGGCUUAUCUUUCUCUCUUGAUGAGUAUUUUCUGAUAUAUAAUAUUUUUUCUUGGUUCAACAGACACGUUAAGCUCAUUUCCUCCAACGUCAGUACGACAGCAUUUUAGAAGACCUUUUGCUAUUCAACCGUGGGCUGAUUCGGAAGAUAAUAUUGGGAACCUUCUCAUGGUACACUUUGCCCUUUUGCAUUGUACAUGUAGGAAAAACAAAAUAACAAAGUUAUGAAUUAAUGGAUGAGAUGGAUGAUCCGGUCAAAGUUUCCAAAGGAAGGUUGUGAAAUAUGUUGUAGAAAAUUUUGUUUUGGAAUUAAAUUUAGGACGUUUGAAUUGCGUCCUGGAAACAACUUUUGACCGAAAACAAACCCUCGUUUUGGCCAGAUAUGAAAGGUCAGAGAGAAAACUUAUGGCAUAUUUAUGAUCCAUUUGUGUUGUGUCCUCUGUUCAUCCUUGUUUAAUUGUCCUCUCCUCAUUUCCUGUGUGGGGCUGGUUUUGGGGAAACCAAGAAUUCUUUCCUCGUGUAACUUAGAAUGUAUUCCAUUUGCCGGAGUUUCUUUGUUUUCGGUGACUCUUUGUAUAAUGAGCUUCUUCUUUUUGGCUUGACUUUCAGGUUUGGAGGUUUCUAAUUACCUUCGCUGACGUUCUUGGACUGUGGCCAUUUACACUCGACGAGUUUGUUCAAGCUCUUCAUGAUUACGUAAGUUUAUUGUGUGCACGUAUUUAAACAGCGCUUUCAUGUUAUUUUCAUGGAAAACUAUACCAGUGGUGAAUAGUUUAGUUGGGUUGCGUAUGCAACGUAUUCACGUGCUUCUGCCUUUGAGAGCAUGGAGCUGAGCCCACCCUUAGUGUGGUCUGAUAAUUCUGAACUUUGAUUUAGCAUUAUGUCUCUUGAUUUCACAGACAGGUUAAAUAUAUUAGGCAGCUGACCUCUUGUUUCUGAGUUAAUGUGAUCUCGUCUAAAAUGUUAGAAUUUGCGUGAUUGUGCACUGCUUUAUUUUUCAUUCGUUUUACGUCUGUACCUUUCAGGACUCAAGAUUGCUUGGAGAAAUACACAUUGCACUUCUCAAAUCCAUCAUCAAAGACAUUGAGGAUGUCGCAAGGACCCCUGCUGUUUCACUGGGUGCCAAUCAAAGUAGUGCUGCUAAUCCUGUUGGCGGGCAUCCACAUAUUGUUGAGGGGGUAAGCUAUAUUUUUAUGUCACCGCCGGUCAUUUUUACGCGAAUGUUUCCUGAUUUCUUCUUGGUUAGGCUUAUGCGUGGGGUUUUGAUAUACGAAGCUGGCAACUGCAUCUCAGUCCAUUGACAUGGCCAGAAGUGCUGCGGCAGUUUGCUCUGUCUGCUGGCUUCGGGCCUCAUUUAAAGAAAAGAAAUGUUGAACGUGCAUAUUUUCGUGAUGACAAUGAGGUAUUCAAUUUUUUCCCAUAUUUUCGCCAACUGAAUUACUUCAACUUCUAAUAUUUAUUUGAACAAAAUUUGGUGCUCUAAUACCGUUAAUCUUUUGCUGACGUCCUGUAUCUUUCUCAUAACUUAGACUUGCCUCUUUUCGUGUGGAAAAUAAUGAAUUCCUUAGAACUACAGAUUAUUCGGAAAAUGAUCUCCAAGUGGUACCAUGUCGUUUUUUUUCGUAGGGCCAUGAUGGGGAAGAUAUUAUUUCUACAUUGCGAAAUGGUUCAGCUGUUGAAAAUGCGGUGGCUGUGAUGAGAGAGAAGGGAUUCUCUCAUCUUCGUAGAUCCCGGCAUCGGUUAACUCCUGGAACUGUCAAGUUUGCGGCUUUUCACGUUCUUUCGCUUGAGGGAGGCAGAGGCUUAACAAUACUAGAGGUUGCAGACAAAAUUCAGGUUAUUAUCUUUUCUCUAACAUUCCUUCUUAACUUUCGCUGGGGAAAAUGUGUGUUUCUUAAGGAGUGGCUGAUGAAGUCUUGUGGUUUGUCUGAUGUUAUCUUAUUUUCCACCAGAAAUCUGGCCUUCGAGAUCUCACUACGAGCAAGACGCCUGAGGCAUCUAUUGCUGCUGCGCUUUCAAGAGAUGCCAAGCUUUUUGAAAGAACUGCUCCUUCAACUUAUUGUGUAAAACCUCAAUUUAGAAAAAACCCUGCUGAUGCUGAUGUUAUAUUGGCAGCUGCAAGGGAGAAAAUAAAAGUUUUUGAGAAUGGACUCUCUGACUCGGAAGAAGCUGAAAAAGAUACAGAGGCUGACGAGGCUGAAAGAGAUGAAGAUUCAGAAAGUGACGGGGCUGAAGAUCUCGAAGUUGACGACGUUGGCUCUGGAGAAAAAUUGACUAAAGAAGAUCAACUUGUGAAUGAAAAAGUUGCUAACACGUUAGAUGGUCUGGAUAAUGGAGAGGGCGCCACAAUCAAUGUUGAAGUUGGAAUGACUUCGAGAAUUGGGCUCAGGCAGCUUGACAAGGGACUUUCUACUCCAAUUGACAAGGAUGCCGCUGCAUCUGUUAAUCAUGAAGCAAGGAGUGUUGAUCCGUAUGCAGAGAUUGACGAAAGCAACUCUGGUGAGCCGUGGGUUGAGGGUCUGAUGGAAGGAGAGUAUUCUGAUCUUAGUGUUGAGGAGCGUCUUAAUGCCCUUGUUUCACUUAUCAGUGUUGCUCUUGAAGGAAACUCAAUUCGCAUUGUUCUUGAGGUACGUCUUAAUGCCCUUUCUGAUCUUCGUUUCCUUUUCUCUUCCUUGGUUACCUCUUUCACCGUGGCAGGGGUGGGGGACGAUGCUUUGACAAAUGUUUUUGCAUUCUUUGCUCACUAGAAAUGUAGUACAUUUAUUACCGUAACCCUCUAAAUCUGCUUCACAAUUUUUCAGGAGCGGUUGGAAGCAGCUAAUGCUCUUAAGAAACAAAUGUGGGCUGAAGCACAACUGGACAAGAGGCGCAUGAAGGAGGAGUACAUGACGAAGCUACAAUACUCUUCAUUUGUGGGCAUGAAAUCCGAGGUACCGCAGGGGGGGGCAAAUGAGGGGAGUCAUAGCCCAUUGAUUAAUGUUGAUAUCAAGAGCGGUGAUGUGACCCCAUAUUCUGCUGUCAACAAUGAGGGAUCUGAUCUGAUGUGCAACCAAAAUAAUUCUUGUGAUAUGGUUGUGGAAAAGAAUUUGAUGGGCCAAGAGUUAUUGAUAACUACUGAUGCCACCCCAGUUCAGCAAUGUGGGUACGCUGCAGAAAAGUCGCGGUCGCAAUUAAAAUCAUACAUUGGUCACAGGGCAGAGGAGAUGUAUGUGUACCGAUCUCUGCCUCUGGGUCAGGAUCGCAGGCGUAAUCGUUACUGGCAGUUUGUGACAUCUGCUUCCAGAAAUGAUCCUGGUUCUGGUAGGAUCUUUUUUGAGUCCAAGGAUGGGCUCUGGAGGCUUAUUGAUUCAGAAGAGGUAGUCUUGCCUAAAGCUCUCUUCUUUGAAUGAUGACGAAAGUUCAUUGAUUCUUUGCUACGAAAUUCUUUUGAAACUAACUUUCAUUUUAUUUUAUUUUAUUUUAUUUUAUUUUAUUUUAUUUUAUUUUAUUAUAUUAUAUUAUAUUAUCAUUUGGGUCUGUUUUGUGCUUGGAUUCUCUUAUGCUGAUGUCAACGUUGCCACAGGCAUUUGACGCACUUCUUGCCUCCCUGGAUACCCGUGGAAUCAGGGAAUCAUAUCUGCAUUCAGUGUUAACAAAGAUUGAAAUGUCCUUCAAAGAGGGACUGAGGGGGAACAAACAGGUUAUUAGUAACUCUCAUUCAGCUCAAAAUAUUGCCAAAAAGGAAGCCGGCGAAGGGUCUUCAAGUCCAGAGUGUGAUCUGGGAACUGAAAGUCCCAGAAGUACAGUCUGUUAUCCAGGUUCUGAUGCAUUAGAUCCGUCAACGUCAUUCAAGAUCGAGAUUGGACAGAAUGACAGAGAGAAAAAUGCUGCGUUGAAGAGAUACCGAGAUUUUCAGAAUUGGUCGUGGAAGGAAUGCUUCCGUUCUUCACCGCUCUGUGCCAUGAAAUAUGGGAAGAAAAGGUGCUCCGAGCUUCUUGGUGUCUGCUACACCUGUUACGAUUGCUUCCUUUCUGAGGAAAAACAGUGUCCCUCGUGCUGUGAAGCCUUCGAUGCACGUCAGGGUGCUGUUGAUCAGAAUUUUACCGAAGACAUGCCUUGGUGUGAAAAACAGAAAGUGGAUCCUCGUUGGAGCUUGAAGUUCUCAAAGCUUUCGCAUCCUGCGAGGAUCCAGAUGCUGAAGGCUCAACUAUCACUCAUUGAGGUGUGUGCCAUCAAUCUGGGAGCCUUCCUUCCAAAAAGCUGCAAUAUUUAGCCUCUCUUAUUCUUUUUGUUCAGUAGUCAGGGAAAAUCUCUAAAUAUUAUUUUCUCUGCAUCAUCUUUAGUCCCUUCCCACGUUUGCAGGUUUCCAUCCCUCCAGAGGCUCUUCAACAGAUCUGGUCUGAUGAUUACCGAAAAUCUUGGAGUAUAAAGUUGCAGUCAGCGUCAUCGGCUGAAGAGCUUCUUCAGGUGAGCAGCUUGGCAUCUCAUUCCUCCUUCGAGAAAAUCUCUGCCCCCAUAUAGCGGGCAUUUUGGAUCUCUCUUAUGUUUCCUUUAUUUUUUAAACCAUGGACAUCAUCAUGGUGGUCAACGAGCAGUUACUCUAUUUGAAUGCGAGCCAUGUCGACACACACUCUAACAUUCCAUCAUAUUGGUUGGCGCAGUAUCUUAUGGGUUGGCCCCGUGAUAAGGAUAGCUCUUUUCUCUCUUGCAGCUGUUGACUCGAUUGGAAGGUGCUGUAUUGAGGGACUACCUCUCGUCGAGUUAUGCGACAACAAAUGAGCUCGUCGGUGCCUCAACGGCAGCACAUGGCGUUGACAAUCCUUCUUCUGUCUCUGAGCCGGUCACUGUGCUUGCAUGGAUACCACUGACGACUGCUGCCGUGGCCUUGAGGCUUAUGGAGUUCGAUGCAUCUGUCUCCUACAUGCUCCACCAGAAGGUCGAGUCGCAUAAAGAUCAAGAAGGUGGAGAGUUCCUGGUAAGUUCUUCACCAUUCUUGGUCAUUUUCAGUUGGCCCGUACUGCUGAGGGAGACGAGCAGCUGCUAUGCAAUAAUCUACGCGAAUGAAUGAAGCAUUCCAUUAACUUAUGGUAGUGAUGAUGAUGAUGAUCUGAUGAAACUGUGAUUUUCCCGAGAGAAUCAAUGUCUAGAAUUCUUCCAUUUUCAUGCCCUUGAUUUUAUUGCCCCCAUAAUCCAUCCAAUUAUUUCUGCUGCUGUAAAACUUAAGUCUUUGUAUCUUGCUAAACUUAUUUUAACUUCGUGGGUGUUUGUUUCUUGAUCGCAGACUAUUCCGUCGAGGUAUGCAUUCGUGAAGAACUCCCAGGAGAUCGAACCCACGGAAUUCCAAGACGCGGUCAGUUAUCGGCAAGAAGGGAGCUGGCCGGAGUUCCCCCCCGUCGUCGGCCGCGGCCGUGGCCGGGGAUCCCGUGGCCGCGGCGGCGGCGGCCGAGGGCGCGGUCGCGGUGGCAGGGGUGGCCAGAGGGGAAGCUCCGGCCUCACAAGGUCCCUCUUCAAGGAAGAGGGCGGCCCCAGCAACGGCGAGACGAUGACGGCAGCGGCGCUGCCGCGGAGGCAGGCGCGGCGUGGGCGCGGGCGCGGGCGAGGACGCCGGCGCGGGCGCCGCGGUGCUGCAGCGGGCCGGCAGAGGCCCUACGGCAGGGGUGCAAUUGGGAGAGGCGCCGCCGGCGUGGUGCAGCGCCCGGCGGAGCCCGAGUCGGCGAGCUCCGGCGGGGAGGAGUGGAAUGGAACGGCGACCGGCAGGAGGAGGUACGUGGAGGAGGAGGAGGAGGAGGAGGAGGAGCGCAGCGUGGGGCCGUCGGAGGAGGAGGAGAACGGGCAAGGGUCGGGGGACGACUACGACGAGCGGGCAGAGUACCGCGGGGAGUUCGGUGGCAAGGCGGAGGAAUUGAUGGACGAGGACAGCGAGGAGGACGACGACGAUGACGACGAUGGAGACGAAGACGUGGAGAUGGACAGCCGCGACGGCGAGGAGGUUGGGGACGAGGACGAGGACGGCGGCGACGCGGAGGACCACGAAGAGGAGGAUGCCUCUUCCUCCUACUCCUCUUCCGAGUACAGUGACUGA